AUGGGUGUGCAAGGGCUCAAGACCGUGUCGACGGCACGGAACGGCCUCGGCGCGUACAUCCUGCAGUGCACGCGGCUGCACCUGACGUACUCGGACCAUUGGGCAUCGUCGACGGGGCUCAAGUCGCUGCUGGCGUCGCCGGCGUUCUCGGCCCUGACGCACCGCUACCCGAGCGUCGAAUUCCGCGUCUCGCCGCGGCCCAACCGCCACCCGGUGCUCAAGGCGCAGUACUGCAACGGCCGGUCCAAGGCCGUCUGCGUCAAGAACCUGGCCCGCGAGCAGGUCCUGGAGAAGGCCGAGUUCCUGCUCGGGAACUCCGGCGACCGCAAUGUCCUCGUCAAGGGCAAGAAGGUCCUCAGCACCAACGAAAACGUCCGCGGCGUGUGGAGCCCCAUGCACGGUGGCAUCAAAAGGAUUUGA